CCCUCUUCACCUGAACACCUCCAUGCGUCUCGCAUAUCAUUCCAUCUCUGACUCUGAUACUGUACUUUUCCAAAGUUGUGAUGACCAACCCCGUACCUACUGCCUGAGAUUCCGUGCUACCAAGGUCUGGCUGCCUAAAUGAGGCCUCCCCCACCAUAACAUUAGCUGGUCGUUGCACCAGAACUGAAUCACAUCACGCCUGACCUGACCGUUUCCAUUUCUGAAAUCACUCCGGACUGGAACCAUCAGAUACCAAAUCCCAGACGUCUGACCACGUAAACGUCUACUUGCUCAGGCACACCAUGGCUUCGCAUGCACCCACACCCGGCAUGGGAGCGUCACCACCUCAGAGCGUGGAGAAGAUCACACGGAUUGCGCAAGACUACGAGUACAACCCCCUUAUACCGCUACGAAACUGGUUGAGGACCGCAUCCACACUCCUCAGAGAGGCUCGAAUAUACGAACGGGAAGGCCAUGACGAGCAAACAUACCUACUGUUAUUUCGACACGCACAGCUAGUACUCGUGAACCUAGCAAAGCACCCUGAUGCCAAAGAUGAAAAGUACAGAAAGGCUCUCAUGGAGGCCGAGAAGGAGGUCCGGAUCAAUCUCGGGAAAUUAGAGGCUCUGAAACCCCGGAUCAAUAAACGAUAUGAGCGUUACGCCCAGUUGAUGCGCGAACGUCAAGCUCGGACUUCGCAUCAGGAAACAACCUCGUCGAAGCAGGUGCAACCAUACGAUCCCGCGUUGGCGGGAGUAGUCGAACCUUUGGAGGCAGGGAAGAACAGAGAUUUGGCAGUGCAGCUUGCACGGACGGAGAUUAGCCGGAGGGCGACCGUCAGGAAAGCCUUGCGUCAGGCUGGUGUAUCACCAGAGGAGGAGCAAAGUCGGCGUACGGCGGGUGUGUGGAACAAUUGGGAAGAUGCUAUGGAUAAAAAUGGACGCGGGAUGGACAAUGACUUGAGCCGCCGGAUUCAAGAUGUGAGACUCAACAUCGACCAGCAAACUCAUGCGAACACUCGUCCGCAGCAGAUGAAACUGGCACAGCCGUCCACUAGCACCUACAAGUAUCCCUCCGUCCCUCGAACAAAACCGCUGGAGCCUUUGCCGUCUGCGUCGACAAACGUGUCCCGAGACGGAAAGAGCUUGCGCUCGGAAGCUCCAUUGCCACCGCCAAAGGAGCGAUUCGAAUCAGACCAGUCGAUAUUUACUGACGGAGCGUCCCCACCACCACUGCCCGAGAAGGUCUUGUCGACACCAGCUCCGGCUGUUCCAGAGAAAGGACAGCCGAUGGCAGAUGGCGGAAGCUCACGUCCAGACCUGAACCCCUCCAGCUUCACAUUCAAGCCGUCGGCAUAUCUAGAAAACGGGACACCGUUGCGCACCUUGUGGCUGCCUCCCGAUCUACGAACGCAUUUCCUGGUCGUAGCGGCUCCCAACACGCGUCGCAAUCUAGAGACGUGCGGCAUCCUAUGCGGAACUUUGAUUUCGAACGCACUGUUUGUCUCCAGGCUGCUUAUUCCAGAACAAACGGCUACGUCAGACACAUGCGAAACCGUAAAUGAGUCUGCAAUCUUCGACUACUGCGAUUCUGAAGAUUUGAUGGUGCUAGGCUGGAUUCAUACGCACCCCACACAGACAUGUUUUAUGAGUUCGAGGGACCUCCACACGCAUUGUGGAUACCAAGUGAUGCUGCCUGAGAGCAUUGCGAUCGUUUGCGCGCCGAGCAAAUCACCCGACUGGGGUGUAUUCCGACUCACUGAUCCCCCGGGACUUAAGACGGUCCUGAACUGUACGCAGAGCGGGUUAUUCCAUCCCCAUGCGGAGGCUAAUAUCUACACCGACGCGCUACGACCUGGGCACGUCUAUGAAGCUAAAGGGUUAGAAUUCGAGACUGUGGAUCUUCGCCCAAAGGAAUCCCGGGUUUGAUGUUUGAUGUUGCGAUGUACUAUGCAUGAUAUGGCUUGCUAUUAUGAUACCAUCUCCAGUGAUUUGCUGUUUGUCCUCCGCUUUAGAACCAUUGCCAUGUCUAGCAUACAUUGCAUUAUACGACAACAAGAUGUUACUGCUUUGCUUGU